CCAUCAUGUAACCUCCCCAUCUCACCCGGGCAUUAACUAUGCCCAUUGAUGCUUCCUUCGGGCUCAAGGACACUUUCGGGACACAUCGGGGUAUUUUUCUUCUCUCUUUCGUGGCCCUGCAUCGGGCUUUGCUAGGGGAUUGCUGAAUCGGGUAUAUAGUCUGAGCAUGGCAUGCAUGUAUGCUUACAUGUAUCCUAUGUAAUGUGUGGUGCACGACCGUUGCCUCACAAUUCCUUUCGCACUCCCCACAAAUUUCUCUCCCAUUUCAAAAGAGAAGAAAUAAGGACUUGGAAUGAGGAUUCUGGAAAUAGAGUUUAUAGGGUGUGGGGAUUGUGAUGGGUUGGUCGUUGGAGUGUAAUCUCCGCCGGAUCUUGGGUUUUUCCGUCCGAGGGACGGGGGAACUUGUUUUGCGUUGUUCUCUCGAAUGUCGAGUCAUUAUGCAUUUUCCGUUAUCGUUUCUUCUUUACUUUGAUAAGCUGCUGAUAAGCUGUAAUUGUUAUGCUGUACAUAUCUGCUGUAGAAUGCUGGGUUCCAUGUGUUGCUACAUGUAUGUUUGGAUUUUUCCAUAGAAAGAUGACAAAAAGAUGUGGACGCAUCUACAAGUCUCACAGGCUAUACAAUUCAAGCCAAUAAACGGGAAAAGAGUAAAUACUCGUAGCUUAUUGAAGGGUAAAAUCUACCUAGGUCUCACAUGAACACAAUUUCAAAAACACAUCACCCCACCCACGCAAUACAGCAAGUUCUAAGCUCAAAUCUUACAUGCCUUAUGGCACCGAGUUGAACAGCAAUUCCUCCACCAGCCUUCUCCAUACAACUUCGCAAGCAUUCACAAAUUUUUGUCUACCCUGCAUCCAGCUUCUCUCCUGAUCCGAAAAUCAUAUUCUAAGCUCCAAAUCCCUUGCUCUAUCCUUCGUUCACAAACAACCAUUUCUCUGAAGAAAAAGAGUAUGGGUUUGUAUUAUCUUCGAAGGAACCCUGUUCUGCUACCAAGGCUUUUUCCCUUUACAAUAGAUACACCUCGUACAUAUUUUUGACCUUCCCCAACUCUUCCUCUUUCUGUUAUGCCACAUCCCCGUUACUGCAAACCAAACUCAUGAUCAUCCCCUCUUCUCUCUUCCUCACCACACAGAAAGCCACAAACAAAACGACGACGUUCGACCAUAACAGCGUCACGUACAGUAAGGGAGAUAAGCAGUCAACCCCUCCUCCCCUG